CGUUUGGGGUCGCAAGCUUGAGCCAGGGAAGGUGUUCGCGGCUAGGUCCGGCUGCCAUCAAGGGGAGGUAUCCAGGAGGAGUAAGAACCGUGAGUGUAACUUAGAAAACCUUAAACCAAGUAGCACCCUCCGUCUCUUCGGGGUCCCCAGCAACGGGCGGCUAACGUACUCUCCCUCGCACAGAGUGCUCGGCCCAUACGCAAAUACUGUACCAAAUACAGGGGGUGACAUAAAUAUAUAUUAUAUAAAGGGGGAUCCAUACCGCUCGGUGCCCGGUCCAAUUACCAGCUCUCUCUCUCGGACGCACGCUUGUCCUUCCUGCCAACUUAGAAAUGCGUGCACAACACUGUGCACAAUCUAUCACCACGCCAUUGGCACAAUCUAUGACGUAACUCGCCGCCGCCAUCUUGGUUGCUGGCAGUUCAG